CUUGUAGUUUGUAAAGAACAGAAGUCGAGUUGGCGUUAGCUAAAAAGGAGCAGGGUGGUUUUAACUAGAGUAAAGCCACAUAUUUGCAAGCUACUAUAAUAGGAUUUUGGCCUUGAAGCAAACAACGUCUUGCUGUACGUUUUUAGUUGUUUUAUUUUUUUUCCUGGAGAGAUCAUCAUGAAUCGGUUUAAUCAACCAAGCAGUCACAGGACUCCGCUGUUCACCCGGACUUCACACCUUGGAAUAUCCAAGCAUGAUCUGGAAAGAGAUUCAGGCUUCUCAGAUGCUAGCUCGGAGUACCACAGUACAGUCGAAGUGACUGACUCUGAAGAUGCAGCAAGAAAUGGGUCAAUAGUCAGCCAGGAGCAAACUGGUCCACAAGUGGCUGUGAUGGGAGGUUCAUACACUGGACUGUCUCCAAUGAUCAUCAUGAACAACUUUGUCUUAAAGCAGCCAUCCUCCUUGGCUCCAACAGAAAAACAGUGGAGCUUUCCUUCACCCUUAGAAAUAAUGCCUCAGUCACAAGUGGUUCUUCUUCAACCCAUGGUAUCAAAUGACAACAGCAGCUCUCUUAAGACUGGUUCUGAAAACAUGCGACAGUCAAAAAGCUACAUGCCCAUCCUCAAAUCAUAUCCCAGAAUUGCCCCACAUCCCGUGGACACACCCACUAAGAGGGCAGGAUCCUCAAGGGUGAGGGGGAGUGCAACAGCAGCAUAUGACCAGCGACAGAGGAGGCAUCAUCAUGGCCACAGGGUGUACAGCUCACCCAGCCCCCUGUCAUCACUGCAGAUGACAGCCCAAACCACAUCCAACUUUGAAGCACCAACCAACCAAACACAGGCAGCUGAGCAUCAGGAGCAGCUUUCCAACACGACUUUCUCCUCACAAGUAGAAACCAGCUCCGUGCCCUCUUACAUAGAUGAAUUUAGGACUGUAACAGAAGACAACGGGAUGCUUGCUGACGAAUACCAGGAUGAGCACUCAUUGCGCAGUAAUAAGCUGAAACGCUUCAGCAAUACCUACAACAUACUCAACAAGUCUGGCUUGCUGGGGAUCACUAUGCGCACAAAGCAGCUGAUCAAAGAGAAUAAGCGCACCCAGGGCGAGCUGCAGCAGCUUCAGGAGCAGACGACGCUGUUGCUGGAGGCUCUGAACAGUGGAAACCCGCAACUCUGGACUAAACUCCAGCUUUCUCUGCAGGACACAGAAAAGGAGCAGUGGGGGGCGAAAGCUCAGAGCGUCCUAGCCUAAACCAUUUCUGGACAUAAUCAUCAGUCCUGAAUCUGGAGGCAAGAGGAUUAAUCAGGAGGUCACAAUAUGAUUUAAUAAUUGUGGACAAAUUUUUUUUACUAGAACUAAACUUCAAGCUUUCACACCUUCAUCAGAUUGCUCUAGGUGUUAAUUAUUUUCUACAUGAAAGUCAAGAACCCAGACAAAUUUAGAACUGCUGGUUGGAUAUGAAACUAAGGGUCUAUCUCAUAUCCUGUGAUGCUGAUCCAGCAACAUCACAAUUAAUAUUACUGAAGGAUCAUCACUGUAGUUGACCAGUCAGUGUUGUGAUAUAAUAGCUCUGCAACCUGCUGAUAAAGGACUGUGAAAUACCAUCCGAAGUAGAAAGAGGUGGUAUAAAGACCAACAAAGUCUGUAUAGAUAGCAAAUCAGGGUGGAUGAGUACAUUCAGUCCUAUAGUACUGCUCAAGCCAGCUAAAUGUCUUUACAGGAUAGCAGUGAUUAAAUCUACUGCCUGUGGUGACAUUUUCCAUACUUGUGCACUCUGAGCAAUGACAGCGAUGAUUUAUUUAGCAGAGCAGGAGAUGGGAAAAACGGCAGCAAUUGAGAAGAGGUAGGCUACAGAAACUAGAAGAUGAAAAGUUUCUCCUCCUCAUAAUUAUGCUAAGCAAGAGGUUUUUUUUAUUUUCAAUGCCAGAAGACGAAGGAAAAAAUUUGCACUGCUGGCUUAAGUUUAGGCAACAAGACUACAAGUACUUGUAGUUUCAGUUAAAUAUAUCUUUUCACAAUUAUGGAUGCGUAGUUGUGACACAACAAUGUGAUCAGUCCACAGACACUAUGACGCUGAGGUCGAAGCAGCCGCUCUUAUGAGGUGGGAGUUAGGAAGCAUGCUUGUAUUUCAAACCCUUGCCUAUAAUGAAUUUUCUUGCCUCUGGUGUUUCAAAAUAGCAAGUAUCACUUGCAAUAGGGCUACAGCUUUUUAUUUAUUUAGGGGGGGGCUGGAGCUUUUAUCAUUAAACCAGCGCAAAAUUGAUGGCACACUGUGGAUAAACAUUGGCCACUGCCUUUGAUAAAUGCUUACAUGCCAAUAAGCUGAUGGCCAUCCAUAUGUCUGAUUUCAUCUCAUAGUGAUGUUCGAUCAGUAUAUUGGUGCAUCCCUACUUAACUGCAUUAAUGCAUGCCUUACAGCACAUAUGAAGACACAUGGGGUUUACGCCUUAUACAUGCCGUGAAUGUUGUUGCUGUGGAGAAAAUAUGGGGGUAAUUUACAAUUUUUUUUGAACAAAUCCAUCACCCGUCUUUAAUCAACAGGUUGCUGUCUCGUCUGUUGUUUUUCUUUAUUCUUUAUUUCUGAAGCGGAUGAUAAAUGAAACUAAAUGAGGAGAUGCACCUUUUGUAGGAAUUGUCUGAGCUGGAUAACAAUGAGAGUUCAGAUGGCUAGCUAGGUCAUAUGUUUUUAAAAGAAUAAUUUUAUUUAGUAUAUUAUUUAUUUUUAAUCAUGUUUCUGACCAAGAUUAAAGCUGUGUGAAUACUGUAAACAGAGAUUAUUGCAAAGAUUCUGUUAAGUUCUGUUAAAGUAAGCUUCAUUUUUUUUUUUUUUAAAGAUAGGAACUUCAUACCUACAGCUUGUAGCAAGUGAAGCGCUGUAGCCAUAUAACUGUCUUGCCUUGGGAUUUGUUGCUGUCAUUUUCAUUCCUACCAUAGUUUUAUUGGUAUUAUUACUAAUUUAAAGUUUAAGACAAUGAAGUGUUUUUGUUUUCUUUCAUCUCAGAUUUCUGAGUUGCCUCUCAAAAUAUGUUUAUCUGGAGGCCUGUACCUUUUUUUUUUUUUUUUUUAAGUUCAUGUUUGUAUUUCACAUCAAUGCUUGAGCAGCUAAGAUUUCUGUAUUUCUUUAUGAGCUUAAUGUGGGAAAAAGUUUAAAUAUACUAAAGGUUUCCAAAGACUUAUUAUUCUUCUUUGAAAUUAUAUAACAACCCAUAGUGUGGCUAGAUAAUGCAUUCAAAGUAGAUGUAUAAAAAUCAUCAUAAGCACAAGUCGUAAAUUUUGUUUUCAAUGUUAAGCCUAGGUUCACUUUUAUUGAAGAACCAUGAUUUGUAUAUUCUGAUCAUUAGUAAUUAAACUAAAUAUUAAAAACAAAAAGUCUUAUUUUAAAAGGGCAAGUUAUUACAGUUCAGAUACUUUUUUUCCCUGAUAUUGUCAAGUGUGCUUUGUGUAAAACUGUUGAAGAGCAGUGUGACAUUAUUAAA